AUGGCCAGCAAAAUCUGCAGAAGCAGGGCUGUCGCCUCUGCCCUGCGGCCGGCUAAGCCCUCGGUCGCGGCAGCUCGAUGCUUCUCCGUCACCAGCCGCCAGAGCGUCAACCUCCCCAAAGAUGCGCCCAACCUCCGCAAGGCCGAGAGGGCUCCCGUCGGCACCCUGCAUGUUCCCCUUGUGAACCCCGCCGACAAGUAUGCCUCCAAGGCCGACAACAUGCACAAGUACGGGUCUUGGAUCAUGAGCUGCAUGCCAAAAUACGUCCAGCAGUUCUCAGUCUGGAAGGAUGAGUUGACCAUCUACAUCUGCCCGUCCGGCGUCAUCCCCGUUUUCAACUUCCUCAAGUACAACACUUCCGCCGAGUUCACCCAGGUCAGCGAUAUUACCGCCGUCGAUUUCCCCACCCGCGACCAACGAUUCGAGAUUGUCUACAACCUCCUCAGUGUCCGGCACAAUGCCAGAAUUCGCGUCAAGACUUACGCCGAUGAGGCUUCUCCCGUGCCCAGUGUCACAGGCAUCUUCGACGGUGCCAACUGGUACGAGAGGGAGGUGUACGAUCUCUUUGGUGUCUUCUUCGUCGGCCACCCGGAUCUGCGGCGUAUCAUGACCGACUACGGUUUUGAAGGCCACCCUCUGCGGAAGGAUUUCCCCUUGACUGGGUACACCGAGAUUAGAUACGACGAGGAGAAGAAGCGAAUUGUGACGGAGCCACUGGAGCUCACGCAAGCUUUCCGGAACUUCGAGGGUGGCUCGAGUGCCUGGGAGCAGAUUGGUCCUGGCACGGACAGGAAGCCCGAGACCUUCAAGCUGCCCACGCCGAAGCCCGAGGAGAAGAAGGAAGAGCAGAAGAAAUAG